AUGAACACCAACAAAGGUGAAGAGCCUCCCCCAUAUGGUGGUGCUCCCCCCGUGGCUCCGAAGCCUGCGUACGGCGGAUCACCAUCGCCUUUCCCAGAGCAACAGCGCGGCUACGAGCAGCAGCAGCAGCCGUACUAUCAACAGCAACAGCCGCAGCAACCCUACUACCAGUCUGGUCCCCCGAUGGGCUACAACCAACAGCAAGGGCCGUAUCCCGCCGGUCAAGGACCUUAUCCACCUCAGGGACAAUACGGACCUCCGCAGGGACAAUAUCAGGGCGGCUACCAGCAAGGAUACCAGCCUGGCUAUCAGCCUCAGCAGCGACAGGAUAACAAGUCUGGCCUCAUGACUGGUUUGCUGGCUGGUUUGGCAUGCUGCUGCUGUUUGGACUGCCUGUUUUAA